UACCUCUAAUAAUUAAUGUUAUUAUUAUUGUCAUGAUAUUAUUGCAGGGAUACUUUUUUCCUUCAAGUUAACCUAAUGUUUUUUUCUCGAAACAGUCUUCACGGACUUGCCUAUUAGCAUCAUUGACGGCAUCUUGUGUAGUGAAAUUUCAAUCCCUGCACAUUGCUGCAGUCUGUUCAUCAUCCUGUAGUCUCAGUGUCAUACGCCCGUCCCUUAACCACCGUGCUGUUGGGUAUAUGCGCUCUUUUUUGCCAAUCACAUUGCCAUUGAAUUGUGGUUACCACCACAGAACUCUUUUUAUAUCCAUGCGAGGGAUCGUGGAGCACUCGACUGAUCCAAAAAAGUGGUAUAACAAGGAAAAUUCCGAGAUUAAGAAACAAUACCGCUGUGGCAUCCCUCUUGGAAGUGAGGAGGUCCGGCGGCGAGAAAUGGAAAAGCGCUUAGCGGAUGAAGAAUUUGUCAAUUGGAACCAUGUUAUCUAUACAGGCAUCGCUAUGGGGCUGUUGUUAAUUGGGCUCAACUUAAUUGUAGAGUUCGCUGAACCUAUUCCAUCCCCUGAAUAUGUUCCGUAUGAAUACCCUAAAAAGGAAUAAACCACUAUCCACAACAGGGAUGUCGAUACCAUCGCAAGGAGCGAUAAAGGAAAAUUGUGGAGCUGAAGAACGAAUUCUUUACAUCUUUCUAAUGGAUCCGCUAAUGUUUUAGGUAACAAGAGGGUAUAUCUAUCCGUUUAUCCCCCACACAAAAUAGUACUUCACCUCACCGUAUGACCAAUUUCUACUUGAAAGACUGGGUGGGUGAGGGAGAAGCUAGCUCUUCCACUUAUUUUUAUUGAAUGUUUGGGGUCCCCAGUGUGUAUAUCAUCGUGACAAUAUUCGUGGUGAACCAAAAAAAUAGCCACUCUUUUU